AUGGUUGAGAACUUUUUGAGAACGUUUGUGAGCUCCUUGGAGUCCCAAGAUCCUAUGAUUAUUGAUGGGUUGCUCACGGACUCAUUUGUUUUCAAAGGAUGCAAAGGACACUAUGAUAAAGGACCACUGGGAGCCGAGAUGUGUGCAGAGGUUAGAGAAGCAGUCUGUCUGGUUGUCUGCGCUCUAGCUUUAACACUUCAAAUGCUCAUAUCUCGGCUCCCAGUGAUUCUAGAAAUGUUAUAUUUGGACAAAAAUAUAGCUCCUACUGUGGCCAAGAAAAUUCCAGAACAAUCCGUCGAUGCUCUCUCCCAACUACCACUCGGAACCAACUUCACCCUCACUCUCACAUCAAUUGAGGACAACGGUUAUUCCAUUAGGUACGGUAUCAUUAUCACUGGAUUCAGCCGCUUCCCCAUUGACGCUGAAUUCGUUCUGUGCAAAAGAAGCCAACAGUUGGAAUUGGGUAUCAUCAAGACUUGCACUGGAGACUCAAAUGGAUCGGUUCAAAAGGACAGUCUUGAAAGCAUGGUUCGACGCUUCCUUGAUCGAGUUGAAAGAUCAAUUGAGUCCAAAGACGUCUCUAUUAUUUCCGGAUUGUUCAAGCCAGAUUUCAAGUUCAUGGGAUGCAGAGGAACUUAUAGCAAGGCCCAAGUCGUCGGUAUCCUUCAACAAGUGCCAGCUGGAUCCCAAUUCAAAUUCAAUCUCAAGUCCGUUGAAGACCUGGGAUUCACUGUGAAGUACACUGUGACAGUCACUGGAUUCGGAAUGUCAGAAAUCGAGAUGGCGUUCCUGUUCGGUAGAACUGCACAACAAUUGGAGAGAGGCUUCAUGGUGAAGUGUCCAGGGCACCAGAAUUUUAUAAGAGUUGACAGAUCCUUGAAAUCUAGAGAUGUAUCGAAUAUUUCUGGGUUAUUUGAGCCUGGAUUCAUGUUCAAAAAGUGUCAAGGAAAUUAUGAUAAGAACCAAACCAUCAAUCUUCUCACCCAUCCUAACUUUGACCCCAAUAGAUUCUUGGCUAUCUACAAAUCAGUCCAAUCCAUGGGGCCCUCUUCCAUCGAAUUCAAAGCCAUGGUCUUUGGAUUCAGACCAAACUAUAUUGAAGCCACUUUUAGUCUUAACAAGAAGUUCCAACAAUUGGAAUGGGGUGUGAUCCUUGAGCCUCAAUGUAAAGUACUUCGAACGGACCCAAGAUAUUCGGUUGAGGAAAAAGGGCUCCGAUUGAUUACUCGAUUUGCUAGCGCGUUGGAAAGCAGGGAUGCCUCAAGGAUCUAUGGACUUUUUGAAGAAGAUUUCGCUUUCAAAGGAUGCAAGGGGAUUUAUAAUAGAGAACCAAAAAUGGUAGAUUUAGGGAUUUCUGAAACUUAA